UCUAAGAUUGCACAUGACAGCAUCAGGUCGUCUUUUAAAUCCCAAAACGUUACUGUUAUUAUAAUAGAGAUUCAUUCUGCACUCCAAAAGACGGAGAAAGACUCCUUCAAGAAGUUUUCCCGGCCAUUACUCGUCUUCUCGGAUCAACAGGUGUCGCGCCUGUGAAAAGCGAGAACACAUCGAUAGAGAUUAUUUAUACGCUACCAGCAACCAGAUGUACAGUGUAUUCCGGAGAGAGAGAACUGAACUUUAAUAUCCACGGGAGUGACUCUUACAAGAAAUUUAUUGUCGGAUGUUUUUAAGAAUUUUUACAGUAUCAGCUUCCGCAAAGGAAUUAAUUGAAUUGCUGUGAAACGCAAUCGGUGGAAAAUUCAAUACGGUGCAAGAGGAUGAUAAUUCAUGAUUCAUAAAAACGGUCAAGUCUCAAGAGUUCCUUGACUGGGCACUAAUAUCAUUUGAUUGUAUCUGAAUUCUCAGACACACUCUCGCCGAUGGAGAACAAUGAGAAAUAAUACUUUGGAACAGCUUUUAAAUGCAACUCUAAAUUUGACGGAAGAUCUGGCUAAAACUCAUGGAUCUGCUCCGGUUGUACCGUUUUCCUGGAAAUUAAUAUCCUCUAUAAUUUUGGCGACUGGGUGCAUUGGAAAUAUACUGACGAUUUUUUCAAUAUUCAGUGAUAAACACUUGAAGACUCCCACCUACCUUUUGAUAGCAUGCAUGGCCAUUGCUGACCUGUGCGCCAUUGUAGUGCGAUUCAUCAUUUUGACGUGGAAUGUCUUUUUGCCGGAUGUUUUGCCAUCGCCGGUCGAGUUCGAGUUGAUUUCUGCCGGAGUUGGGAUGGUCGUUGUACAAAGUUCGUGUCUACACGUUGUUUUAUUCGCUUACGUUCGAUAUGCUCUUUUGGUGCACCCAUUAUGGAGUCGUUUUUCCAUCACAUCAGAACGAGUUGUAUACGCCUCAGUGGCAGUAUGGGCUUUGAGUUUCUUUCUUGGAAUUCUCUACGGUAUGUGCGGACUUUUCAUCACGGAGGAGUUUGAUAUUCUUGUGCUAGAAAUCGUAUACAUCUCUUAUUUGAUCGCAGCAACGAUGAUUCCUAUUGCUCUUUUGCAUGUACUGAAAAUCCAUCGCUUGAAGAAAUCACGGACUCACGAGUGCACACAAAUCACGAAAAGGAUGACGCUUAUAUCAGGAAUUGUCAUAUUUGUUCAGAUUAUAACAAUGGUUCCUAUUGCUGUCAAGGUCAUAAUUCUGUUGUUUCAAGGAUUUGUGCCCAACACCUCAGACGUAACGGAUUUGAUCGUUCACCUAAUGCUAAGCGUGGGAAACAGUAUAAAUCCUGUUAUUUAUUUUCUAAUGUCAAACCCACAGAAAAGACACUGGAGUAAAUUUCAUUUAUGUUUUUCAUAAUAUUGUGUUUACAUAUGUAGGUAUAAGUGCUUUUUUUCGU